UUAUGGGAAAAAUAACUCUAAAUCUCUUUAGUUCUGAACUGUGAACCUGAUUUCUGAAUCUGGGCCCUAAUCAGUUGGUUCCCACUGACACUGUAUUUCCUUCUUUCAGGAAGAACAAGAUUUUAAAGCUCUGCAUAUAAAAAAAAACAGGAAGCGCUUGACCAAAGACAGGUCAACAGGGGGAGGUAGCGACCUGUUUUCUGGCCAGCAGCAGCAGUGAGGAGAUAGACACAGAGCUGCAGGAGUGACUGGAGUCCAGCUGUAAACAGGCCAGACGUGUGGUCAAAAUCUACGAGAUCCUGAAGAACACAGUAGACCAGCUAAAGAAAGAUAUGGAGUGUGUGGCAGAUGCAGAUGUCGCUGUGUGCCUCCUGACCAAUGAGAAUGAAGGGCUACUGCAGCUGACCGACAGUCUCCAGCAGAAGCACAGUCACAUGACCAGCGAGUCUCGUUUGCUGGCGGCUAAUCGUGCUGAUAACAGCAUCAGCGAGCUGCAUCAUGUUCUCACUGAGGAGCUGCAGUGAGACACGGAGAAGAUCAGACGGAGAGAGAACAUGCAGAGAAAGACGAGGUAUCCUUGCAGUGUAAGGUCCGUAGUGAAGUGAUUCAGUUGGAAGACACGUUGGCACAGGUGCACAAGGAGUACGAGAUGCUCAGGAUCGAAUAUUAGCAGACAUUAGCUGCUAAUGAACAAGCAGCUGCGUGCUGAAUGUGAAGGAGGAGACCAUCUCCAUCUGCCCCGACUGGUGAUGUUACUGUGAAGACUGAGCCAGAUAGCAGCUUCACCACACACAGCAGCGCUGGAGGACAUAUCCAAAGUGCACAGGAAGAUAGAGAAGGCCAAGAAACCUGCGGAGAACAUUCAAAAUGGAGAUAAGAUCCUGGAUGAUGAAAUAAAUUAUUACAAGGCCCGGUUGACGUGUCCAUGCUGCAAUUCACGUGUAAAGGACGCUGUUUUGAUAAAGUACUUCCAUGUGUUCUGUUUUGAGUGUGUGAAGACGCGCUUCGACACCCGUCAGAAAAGUGUCCAAAGUGCAAUGCCGCAUUUGGUGCCAAUGAUUUCCAUUGCAUCUACAUCAAAUGAGAUUUAUUAUUCACUGUUUCUGCAUCUGUUUGGUCCAGUUGCUCAACAUCGGAGGCCGGAGCUUGUCCUGUAUCUUUGGAAGUGUUCUUCAGAGCGAGGCUGUGUGAAAGCACGUGUCCGGGCGCGCAGAUCCACGCACCUCGGGCGCUACUGUAAAUCUAGUAAACAGCGCGCGAUAUCGCCUUUAAUAAGUGCCAGCACCGUGUGAACGGGAUUCGAGCAGGAAUGCAGGAGGCGGGGGCAUAACCUUAUGUCUCUGUAGCCAAACAGCCGUAUCUAAACUUUCCUCCCUCGUGCAGCCCGGAGCUCCUCACCCAACUCGCUAUAAUAAAUUGUGUCUGCGCUCGGCAGAAAAUAGACUUCUGCGCGUUUUUUAAAAACAGUUUUUGCACAAGAGUCAGGUCUCUAAAUUAAAAUCUUAUUUUAUCUGUAUCGACUUAACGCUUUGUUGUACUUGUAUGAUACCAUAUACAGUCAUCCAGGCGCUAUUUUUAAGUGCCCUUGGCAAGCGCGUGCCAGACUGUUUGAGAACUUAAUUUUAGUAACGUUAGUCUAUUAUACACGAGGAGCCCAGCAUGACGUAUGCCAUCUAAUUGUGUUUGUUCAGUUGGGUUUUGGUUUGCGUCUUGUUUUUUGACACGCAUGAACUUAAAUUUGCUUAGCUAUGAACUAGGUUUAGUUUUGUCAGAAAAAAAAAACAGCAGUUGUAUCUUACCCAUAUAUUUAUAUAAAUGUAUUUUUUUCUAGGGUAAUAAUCCUGCUAGACAUACUGACCGGCUAUUUUUUUUUUAUCACACAUCGAUUAUUAAGUGUCUUUUUUCGGAUCUUUCAUUUGUGUUGAUCCGGGUUUUUAAGGAUGUCAGGUCACAACAUUGCCUCGAGGAGCUCGGAAAAGCUGCUUUUCUUUGGGUUUCUGGUUCUGGUUCGUUCGGUCUUGUGUCACGGGUUUGCUGAGGAGUUCACCUCGGGCUCUUAUGAUUUUGGGUCUGUUAUUCUGGAGCCUCUGGACGGGUUGAGAAAGUACGCGGAGUCCAUUGUCGGCACCCAUGCGAUUGAGAUUGGUGCUGAGAAAGCUGUUUUGUACCUUGACUCAGUGUUUGGCCCUGAGAACAUCUAUUCUGUUGCAAUGUUUGUCGAAAUGUUGCUGAAGUUUGUUGCUGAAGGAGCUGCCAGUGGACUGAAUGUCAUUGCUGUGUAUGUAUCUGAGAUUCUCAGAGCUACAGGAGUGAACGAGACCGUAUCGGUGCCUCAUUUCACUGCUGAGGGCGUUUCUGCUGUGACCAAGUGGGCUUUGCUGGCUCUGAUCGCUUACUGGCUCCUGUCCUUGUUGCUGCGAGUCACCGUGAUGCUUGUAAAGAGAGUGUUUUGGCUGAUUAAAGCGGUUGUGGUGUUGUGGCUGUUUGUGCGGAUCAUCGGUGACCCCGCUGCCUCCAAUGAAGUCACUACAAUGAGACUGAUUUUACUUGUGCUCACCUGUGCUGUGUUUGGAGUCGCUACGAGCAGCGGCGGUGGGACAGGAGGCAGUCUGGAGAGCCGGAUGAGCAAACUGGAGGGACAAGUCAAAGGGCUGGAAAAGAUGAAAAUGAGCAGCAAUGGGCAGUAAUGAGCAGCUUAAAACAAGCAUAUGGACUCAUGACUACAGGGAGAUGAGGACUCAGGGAUGACGUGUUUAAUGCAACUCAAAACAGCCUUAGGUAUUAAUAUCUGAUUUUGCCAGUUCUUUCUUGUUUUAAAUACAUUUCAUAGUUAAUUGGGCCAUGGAGACUACUCCCAUAUAGUUUUUUUUGUAAAUUGUAAAGCAAAAAGAAAGAACUUCAUCCCACAGCUCUUUGAAUUUCAUGUGGUACCAUUAAAAUUCUCGAUUGUU